GACGUCACGUUUUUGCACGGAAACAGCUCUGUCUACAAUUGCUUUGUCCGAUGUCCGAUUCACGGUCCGAAAGUAAAGUGCAAUAAAUAUAGAUCGCCAAAAUAAAUGCUUUUCGAUUGUAUUUGUUUACUAUUUUCUUGUUUUGUAAGUGUGUACGCAGCUACGUUGUCAAUAUUUAGUUACCUUGUGAACUUUGUGGUUGUUCAAUACUAUUUUAAAAGGAAAUCGGAAACAUAAAAUUUCAUGUGUGCUCAUUCUUCUAUGCUACCAAAGGACGUACAUUUGGACAAAAGUUAUUCCAUGGAGAUCCUGACCAUCGCCCAUAUGAGGCAUGACGUCAGAAGGUUACUUGGGCCAAUCAGUGUCCGUCGGACACAAGUUAGGACAUUGCAAUUGUAGAUUGCCCUUUUAAGCACCAAUAAUGUCAGGCGUGGAGAUGGAGGUCGUAUCACCUGUUCUAAUCUGUGGAGAGGGACCCCAUUGGUCCUGCUCUGAGCAAGUUUUGUACUCUAUUGAUAUUCCCGGCCGCACCGUUCGUAGAUACGACCCUGCCACAAAGUCGGAAACAUUCAUCAAAAUAGAUCAAGGUCAGGUGACGUUCGUGAUACCACUGAAAGGGAAGAAGAACAAGUUCCUGAUUGGUGUUGAGAGAACGGUAAACAUCCUCAGUUGGGAUGGGAAGCAGAAAGACUUCACUCUGGAAAACGUUGCUUCAGUGGAUGACGAUAAGCCGCGGAACAGGAUCAACGAUGCCAAGGCUGACCCUAGCGGAAGGCUAUGGGCAGGCACGAUGGGCUACGAGCUGAGCCAAGGAGUUUUCAAAGACUUCCAAGGCUCGCUGUACUGCAUGGACAAAAGCAAGUGUGUUGUUCAGCACGAGAAAGAUGUCAGCAUUUCCAACGGCCUCGACUGGAGCCCGGACAAAAAGACCUUGUACUUUGUGGACAGCAAUGCCUAUAAAGUUUAUGGCUUUGAUUUUGACAAUAGCUGUGGGAAAAUAAGUAACAAGCGUACAGUUCUGAACUACAAAGAAAUGGGUCUUCAGGGCUUUCCAGAUGGUAUGACUGUGGAUACAGAAGGGAAACUAUGGGUUGCUUCGUACGGAGGACAAGAGGUCGUUAGAGUGGACCCCAAAAGUGGAAGAGUACUGCAAACUGUUAAAAUACCAGCCAUGGCUGUUACUUCAUUAGCAUUUGGUGGUCCGGAGUUGAAUGAGUUGUACGUAACAACAGCGAGCGAAAGGGCUACGGCAGAAGAGAAGAAACGUUUCCCCAACAGUGGCUGCACGUUUCGUGUCACUGGACUUGGUUUCAAAGGCUUGCCACCAAAUGAAAUUGAUUUAUUCUGAGGUAUAUGGAAAUUUUAAUGUUUACUGUAUAGUGGAUCUUACUGUUGUAAUAAAAUGAGUUUCAAUACUGUUAA